AUGGCCGCCUCGUCAGCAUCAUCGGUGCCGGUCAUCUCCACGGGAUCCGUGAUCACUGUGGCCUCGCCGCCGCCCACGGGUGGUGGUGGUGGUGGCGGCUCGAUCUCUGCCGGUAUCACAGGCGGCGGCGGCGGCGGCGGCACAGGCACAGGCACAGGGUCGCCGUGCGCGGCGUGCAAGUUCCUGCGGCGCAAGUGCCAACCGGACUGCGUGUUCGCGCCCUACUUCCCGCCGGACAACCCGCAGAAGUUCGUGCACGUGCACCGCGUCUUCGGCGCCAGCAACGUGACCAAGAUCCUCAACGAGCUCCACCCCUACCAGCGCGAGGACGCCGUCAAUUCGCUCGCCUACGAAGCGGACAUGCGCCUCCGCGACCCCGUCUACGGCUGCGUCGGCGUCAUCUCCAUCCUCCAGCACCGCCUCCGUCUCGUCCAGCAGGAGCUCGCCCGCGCCAGCUACGAGCUGUCCAAGUACCAGGCGGCGGCGGCUGAAGCCGCGGCGGCCUCUGUGGCCGUGGGAUCCCAUGGUGCGGCAGCAGGGAUGGCAGCAGAUUUCGUAGGCAACGCAGUGGCCAAUUGCACGCAAAACUUUAUCAAUGUCGAGCACUCCACGGCGGCGGCGUCGAUCACUGGCGCUGGGUCCUUCAUGCAGCAAGACAACUUCGCCUCCGUGCAGAUGCUGGCCAGGAGCUACGAAGGUGAAGGUGAAGGUGGAGCUGCGAGGGUGGGCAUGAACGGAGGUGGAGGCUAUGGCGGCUUCGCGUACUCGUCGGCCAUGGGCGUGGGGCAUGGUGGUAUAGUAUCUGGUCUUGGGCAGCAGAUCAACGGUGGACAGUUCUUGAAGCCCAGCACGACCGGCGGGGAUGACCAGCCCACUGCCACGCAGUAG